AUGUCCGCCAAGAGGACGAAGCUGAUCCUGCCGGACGAAAUUUCGUCCGAGGAAGAGGGAACAACGGGCCCUACAACCAAGAUGGACGCAGAUUCGAGCCUGCUCAUCAGGAUUGCGGAGCUUGAACAGGAGAAGGCCGACAUGGCCCAGCAGUUGGAGUGCCAGUUGGCGCUCAUCAAGGAGCUGCAGCAGGAGAUGGCUGAAAUGAAAGCAGCCAACAUGACCGGGAGGCAGCCGGUCCAUCAGCAAGAAGAGCAACAGCAGCAGCUAAUUAAGCAACAGCGACAACAACAGCAGGAGCAGAGGAAGCAGCAGCGACAACAGCAGCAGCAGCAGCAACGACAGGAGCAUCAAAGCGAAGAAGAUGACGGCAUGUGCCCGGAGGUCAUCAUCGAGGAGGAGGAAGGAGACCCCUUCAACUUCGUCGUCCGAAAAAAGAAGGCAUCAAAUAAGGACUAA